CGAACGCGCUACGAGCCUUCCGUAGCGCUUCACACUCACCAAACGAUCUACGAAGACGACUCAGACCUUCGCGCUCAAAAUCAAAAAGAAUCCUCAAGCAUUUACGAUUUAUUCCACUCAUAUCCUGCCUCUACUCUUUUUUGAUAUACGGAUGAAUGAGGAAGUUGGUAACUUUGGGGUAGUGCACUCACUGCCGCUGGAAAAUACAGGGUAUGAUCAUAAUCACCCGACUUCAAACCUACUCCCUCCUCUUGCUGAUAACAGCUGCUAUGCAGCAAGACCAGGUCGGCGUCUCAGUACCGGGCGAUAUUAUUUUGGGGGGCCUCUUUCCAGUCCACGAAAAAGGAGAGCGCUCGCCAUGCGGUCCUCAGGUGUAUCAUCGCGGGAUUCAGAGAUUGGAGGCGAUGAUGUUUGCGAUAGACCGCAUAAACAGGGAUCCGCGUAUACUGCCGAACAUAAGCCUGGGCGUCCAUAUACUGGACACGUGUUCGAGGGACACGUACGCGUUGAACCAGAGCUUGCAAUUUGUUCGGGCUUCUUUGAAUAAUAUCGACAUAUCGUCGUUCGAAUGCGUGGAUCAUUCGAUGCCUCGGCCCAGGGUGAACUAUUCUGGGCCGGUGUUCGGAGUCGUGGGUGGAUCUUACAGCUCCGUGUCGUUGCAAGUGGCCAACCUGCUGGGGCUGUUUCGCAUACCCCAGAUAUCGCCGGCGUCGACAGCCAAAGCGCUGAGCGAUAAGAGCCGCUUUAAAUAUUUCGCCCGUACUGUCCCUCCCGACACGUUUCAAUCAAGUGCUUUAGUAGAUAUCGUGAAAAGCGUCAAUUGGUCCUACGUUUCGACAAUUUAUUCCGAAGGCUCGUACGGCGAAUACGGAAUCGAAGUUUUUCAUAGAGAGGCCCAAGAGCGCAACGUAUGUAUUGCAACAGCUGAAAAAGUUCCUAGCACAGCUGACGACAGAGAAUUCGAUAAUAUUAUCACGAAACUGAAGAAAAAAGUUAACGCCAAGGGAGUUGUCCUAUUCACUCGAGCGGAAGAUGCAAGGAGAAUUUUACAAGCCGCUAAGCGUAUGAACGCCACCCAUACAUUUUAUUGGGUGGCUAGUGACGGUUGGGGUAAGCAGCAAAAAUUGCUGGAGGGGUUGGAGGACGUGGCCGAAGGAGCAAUCACCGUCGAACUGCAAUCGGACAACAUACCCGGGUUUGACGAGUAUAUGAUGUCCUUGACUCCAGAGAAUAAUACGCGCAAUCCGUGGUUCGAGCAAUAUUGGGAAGACACGUUCGGAUGCGUGCUCGAGAAAAACGUCCCCUUGGAAACCAACAGCACUUUCAAUGUUUGCGACAUGAAUUUGAGGCUCUCGCAGAGUGUGGGGUACGAGCAGGAGAGUAAAGUACAAUUUGUGGUAGAUGCAGUGUACGCUUUUGCUUUGGCACUUCAUAAUCUUUACGAGGAUGUGUGCAAGGACUAUAAAAUGGGGGGCGUGUGUCCUGCGAUGACCCAAUACGAUGGCGGGGACUUUUACAAAAACUAUCUGCUUAACGUUUCUUUUGCCGAUUUGGCCGGUAGCCCUGUCAAAUUUGAUCACAGCGGCGAUGGACUGGCGCGCUACGAUAUCCUUAACUAUCAAAAGCUAUUUAACGCUUCGGGAUAUCAUUACAGAGUCGUCGGCAAGUGGUUUAACUCCUUGGAGUUGAAUUCGGAGUUUUUGGUGUGGGAUCACAACUCCACGGUCGCGCCGACAUCCGCGUGCUCUCUACCCUGCGAAAUCGGCAUGAUCAAGAAGCAACAAGGCGACACUUGCUGCUGGGUGUGCGACAAGUGCGAGGAGUACGAAUACGUGUACGACGAGGUCACCUGCAAGGACUGCGGCCCCGGAUUCUGGCCGUACCCCGACAAACUGGCCUGCUAUCCGCUGGAACAGCAGUACAUGCGCUGGGACUCCCCGUACGCCCUGGUACCGGCCGCUUUCUCCUUUUUGGGCAUUGUGGUCACCAUGGUGAUAAUGGGCUUGUUCGUCAAGCACAACGACACCCCGUUGGUGAGGGCCUCGGGCAGAGAGUUAAGCUACAUGUUGCUCUUCGGGAUUCUUCUAUGCUACUUGAAUAGCUUCGCUCUUCUGGCCAAACCGACCACUGCCACUUGCAUCACGCAACGCUUUGGGGUCGGCGUGGGUUUCUCCAUUAUAUACGGGGCUUUGCUGACUAAAACUAACAGGAUUUCGAGAAUUUUCGACUCCGCCUCCAAGUCCGCCCAAAGGCCGAAUUACAUAAGUCCUAAAUCGCAGGUAAUCAUUACGUGCACUCUGAUUGCAGUUCAAGUGCUGCUCACUUUGGUGUGGAUGAUUGUGGAACCACCCGGCACCAGAUUUUACUACCCGACCAGAAAUCAAGUUAUAUUGAAGUGCAAAAUCCAGGACAUGUCGUUCCUAUUUUCGCAAUUGUAUAAUAUGGUUUUAAUUACAACAUGCACAGUCUACGCCGUUAAGACCAGGAAAAUACCCGAAAAUUUUAACGAGUCCAAAUUCAUAGGCUUCACCAUGUACACUACCUGCAUUAUAUGGCUAGCUUUCAUUCCUAUUUACUUCGGAACAGGCAAUUCUUACGAGACGCAGAUUACAACCUUGUGCGUGGCAACGAGCAUGAAUGCUACAGUGGCUCUCGUUUGCCUGUACUCUCCGAAAGUUUACAUAAUAGUGCUCCAUCCCGAUAAGAACGUCAGAAAGCUGACGAUGAACAGCGCGGCCUACAAAAAAUACAACUCCGGCCCUGCAUCGACCUAUUCGGCAUCAACGCAAAAAGGAGCUGAUGGUACUGAGACAAUAGUAAUGCAAAAAGUGGGGCCAAAUACUCCUUCAAGAAGUUCAUGCACUGGGGCUACAGCAGAACCAUCCGACAGUGUGGCUCUACUAUAAAUCUUCCUAUAAUUCAUUCUGAUUUUAGUGAUCAUCUCUUUAGAAUUGCUCCUAUGAUUUCGUGCUACUAUCUAUGUGUUAUAUGGUCAUAAAAAUAUGCAAAAUGAUCCAAUGUUAUAGCUUAUUAUUCGGAAUUACUCAAUGUAUAGAAUUUAGCUUGGUAUAUGUAUAUUUUUAUUUAAAACGCAUACAAAUUAUUCGUGUAGAUAAAACUAUAUAAUCGUCUUCCAGCUGUUUCAAUUUAGAGAAAUUUUAGUAUAAUGUUUGAUCAUUUUGAAUUACUAUAAAUUUAAUUCACUUUAUCGACUGACUUUUAGGUAUUAAAUAAUUGUGAUAUUAUUUCAAUGACAUUUUACUAAGUUACUCUAUAAAUAAAACUUUUAUUUAAUAUUUUAAUAUAGGAUAGGUAAAUGUAACUCAUUGUAUGUAAUAUCUAUCUACAAACUUCAAUAUAUACUACAUAUCUAUGAUAUGGUCAUUCCUUAUAUAGAAUAAGGCAUCUAAGGUAUAAAAACUAUUUUUAAACUUAAAUUGUUUCCCUUUAUUGGUAUAUUGAUUGAUUUAAAUUAUUAUGUGUUCGAUACCAAAGGCUUCUUAAUUUAUUUGUAAAACUGUGAUACAUUAAUUUAAUAAAUUAGACAUAUCAUUUGUUUAAGUUUAAAAAGUUUG